UCAUCUAGUGGCCAAGUCUUAUUACACACUAAAAAUAGGAGAGUAGACUUAGCACACCAUAAAGACUAGUUCAUUCUACAACUUCCUCACUUCUUCUGCAUAAAUACCAAACAUGUGAAGCCAUUGAGGUUUAGCUUUUCAGCACACAAGAUGAAUCUCAACGCCUCCUUUUCUCUCCUCUCCCUAACCCUUUUACUCCUCUUCUCUCCCAUCGUUACAGCCGAUAACAUCACACAUGCGUUUGAGAAAUACUCCAAUUUCAGCACCAUGAGUGAGCUCUUCACCAAAACCAAGCUCACUACACUCAUAAGCAAAUACCAAACCAUAACCCUACUCGCUGUUAACAACAACAACAUCAGCUCUAUCACAAACAAAUCCGCCAUUGAGCUCAAAAACAUCCUCAUGACUCAUGUCAUUCUUGACUACUACGACGAGCUCAAGCUUAAGGGGAUGAAGGAGAAGAGCAUAAUGCUCACUACCUUGUACCAAACAACCGGUUUAGGUGAAGAGAUGAAUGGUUUCCUCAAUUGUACCAAAUCUAAAGGAAAAGUUUACUUUGGAUCCGGAGUAAAGGGCUCACCACUAAACGCUGAGUAUGUUACCACGUUGUAUCACAACCCUUUUAACCUGUCUAUAAUACAGAUUAGCAUGCCCAUUGUGGCUCCUGGACUCAGCUUAGCAGUUCUCCCACCUCCACCACCACCCGUUCCUUUAGCUCCAGCUCCUGCUCCAUCUCCUAUGGAUGCUGCAAUGGCUCCAAGUCCAUCUCCCAUGAGUGGUGCAACCCCUCCAGCUCCAGCUCCAGCUCCGGCUCCUGGACCAGGUGAUGAAGACAAUGCCUCGGAUAGUAAUGUUCCAAAACUUACACCUGAAACAGAGACACCUGAGGUUGAUUCUCCAGCACCUACUCCAAGCGCUGAUAAUGAGAAGAUUGAAGCUGCUGAUAAGGCUGGGAAGACCUCUUCUGCUUGCAAGACACGUUUUAGCUUUGAAGUUGUAGUUCUCUUGAUAGUAUUUUUUGUUAGCUUUGCUUGGUUUUAAGAUGGAGUUAGAUCAUGUGGUCUGAUGACAAUAACGGUAGAUGAGAUUCAAAAACAUUUAUUCAUUUUGUAGUUUUUUUUUACCAAGAAGAGAGACCACUGUGAUCAUGCAAAUGUCCUGUUGAACUUGUUACACAGUUCUAAUUCUAAGUGUGUUACGUUUAAAACAUAGAUUAACCAAUGCCAUUAAUGUUAGAAAAACAUGCCUGAUCACAACGAAAAACGCUUCUGCAUCUGUUUGCUUCAAACAAUGAGAUGACUAAAGCGAGCCCUUACAAAUACGAGUUAACCUCCUCACACUGUCGCACAAAAAACAGAUCAACCAAGCUAAUCGUAACAACGAGACUGCACUUACAAAAGUGAACCUAACUGAUCCAACAACCAACAUUGCUCUAGAAAGUCUUAUACAUAUAAUCCUAACUGAUUAGUGAUUAAACUAAGGGCAAGGUAGAAACAAAGAACAGAAUAGGCACAAGAAGAGCCUAUUUGCAGUCUCUCAUUUAAUCUUCUUUAUUAUGACGUCUUGUUCCAUAUCAAGAGCCUUCAUUGGAGCAAAUGGACGUUUCAUCUCC